UCAAGCGAGUUGCUUUCACUAGCCAUGAUUACAACCCCAAAAGCACUGCAACCCUCUCAGAAAUCCUGCAAAAUUCCCUCACAAACAUUAACCAUGUAAAAGCAACUCACUCAUUCACUCCCUCUCAUUACCUUUCACCGAAAAGUGCUUUUGCAGCUGCAAUUCCUUGACUUUUUAGAUUCAAACCUUAUCACAGGCACUCAUUAAAGUAAUUAUAUUGUAUCAAAGUCCCCUCCCGUUUGUUCCUGCAUGGUUUCAUGUGGCUUUCUCUUCUCCAGCAGCAUUUUUCAUUUUCUCUCUUCCCUCAAACCAUCCCUCAGAAAAAUGCUGCAAUGUGGAACUGGAAAGUGAGAUAUCUGAGAUGGGGUUUUAGUUAAACUGCUUAUGGUGGGAAAUCUGAGAUGGGGUUUUAGUGGAAAAUGCUUAUGUUGCUGAAAGUUUGAGUCUUUUGAACUUUUUUUUGUAGUGGAUUUCGUGGUGCAGGGUUUUGAGUGGGAAUUUAUGAACAUAAGGUGUUUGAAAAUUUGAGAAAUCAGCUACGGGCUUUUAGUGAAAGUGCUUAUACUGUUGAAACUUUGGGACUCUUGAAAUUUUGUAGUGGGCCUGAAGCUGCAGGAUUUUGAGUGGGAACUCUGAUCGUAAGGUGGUCGAGGAAUGAUGGGGGUCGUCACCAUUGGUGAACUGAAGCCUAGCAUUUCCGGGAAGCGGUCUAUUCGUCCGAGUUCAAGCAUAAGGCAUGCCACUGAAUGGCCAAUCUCCGAUGUUUCUAGCGAUCUUACCGUGGAGAUAGGAGCAUCAAGCCUCGCACUUCACAAGUUCCCUCUAGUUUCUCGGAGUGGAAGGAUUCGGAAGCUGUUGCUUGAAGCAAAAGAUUCAAAAGUUUCACGCAUAAUUCUUGCUUCUGUUCCGGGUGGACCAGAGGGAUUUGAACUAGCUGCGAAAUUCUGUUACGGAGUUAAUGUUGAGAUUACGCAGUCAAAUGUUGCCACACUUCGUUGCGUAGCGCACUUUCUGGAAAUGACGGAAGAGUAUGCUGAGAAAAACAUGGAAACCAGAACUGAAGCUUAUCUGAAGGAGACGGUUUUCCCAAACAUAGCAAAGUCGAUAUCAGUUCUUCAUCGCUGCGAAAUCCUCUUGCCUGCAGCAGAAGAAACCAACUUGGUAAGCAGGCUUAUCAACGCAAUCGCAAACAAUGUGUGCAAAGAGCAGCUCACCUCUGGCUUAUUGAAACUUGACCACAACUUUCCUGAGAAAGCGGCUUCAAAUAUGCAACCUGAAACGCCUGCAGACUGGUGGGGAAAAGCGCUUACAGUGCUUAGUCUCGACUUCUUCAAACGUGUUAUAUCCACGUUGAAAACCAAGGGUCUUAAACAGGAUCUGAUCUGCAAAAUUUUGAUCAAUUAUGCUCAUAAUUCUCUUCAAGGACUUGUCAUCCGAGACAACCAAUUGGUAAAAGGAAGCCUUUUGGAUUUAGAACUGCAAAACAAACAAAGUGUCAUUGUUGAAGCUAUAGUCAGUUUGCUUCCAACACAAUCAAGGAAGAGUCUAGUUCCAAUGGCAUUUCUUUCGAGCUUGUUGAAAACUGCGAUUGCAGCAUCGUCGUCUGCUUCCUGCAGAUCCGAUUUAGAGAGACGGAUUGGUCUGCAGCUGGAUCAGGCAAUUCUCGAAGACAUCCUGAUUCCGGCAAAUUCACACGGAAACAACCACAGCACAAUCUAUGACACAGAUGCUGUAUUGACGAUCUUUUCGAUAUUUCUGAACUUGGAUGAGGAUGAUGAUGAUGAAGAGAAUCACUUGAGGGACGAAAGAGAAAUGGUUUAUGAUUUCGACAGCCCUGGAUCUCCUAAGCAAAGUUCGAUCCUGAAAGUAUCAAAGUUGCUAGACAAUUAUCUUGCAGAAGUUGCACUGGACUCGAACUUGAUGCCGUCAAGGUUCAUAGCUCUAGCAGAACUACUUCCAGACCAUGCUCGAAUAAUAAGCGAUGGACUCUACCGAGCUGUGGAUAUCUUCCUCAAAGUCCAUCCGAAUCUCAAGGACUCUGAACGCUACCGCCUCUGCAAAACCAUCGACUGCCAGAAACUAUCCCAAGAAGCAUGCAGUCAUGCGGCACAGAAUGAAAGGCUACCGGUACAAACGGCAGUGCAAGUGCUCUACUUCGAGCAAAUCAGGCUCAGAAACGCAAUGAACGGUGGCCACAACCAGUACUUCUUCGGGGCAAUUAACGCCACACAAAUCCCUCAAAGAUCAGGCAGUGGUGCAGGCAGCGGAGCCAUUUCACCGAGAGACAACUACGCGUCAGUCAGAAGAGAGAACCGCGAGCUGAAGCUUGAAGUUGCGAGAAUGCGAAUGAGGCUGACAGACUUGGAAAAAGAUCAUGUUUCUAUGAAACAAGACCUUGUAAAGUCACAUCCUGCAACCAAGCUGUUCAAAUCUUUCACCAAAAAGUUGGGGAAGCUCGGUGCAUUGUUCAAGAUCAAUAGUAUCAACCCUCUUGGGGGGAAGGCGCGUUCGGAGUCCAGAUUUCUGUUCCAGAAACGAAGGCGCCAUUCGGUUUCUUGAAGAACUGGGGAGUGUGAAUAUGUAUACAAGUGUUACAAGAGUGUAUAGUAUAUAUAACUGUUGUAUUAGCAUAUGAUUAUACAUAUGUGUGGUGCGUUUUCUAAAUUAUAAUAUAAGUUUGAUAUUUGAGAUUCUA